AUGUCGGUGAGGAGAGAUGCUGAGUUUCAGGCAUAUGUGAGGAGAUUUCUAAUGAGUCGUUUUUUUAAGAUCACUAUGAUUACUUCCAUCUCACUGAAUGCAUUUUUUGUGGUCGUGUGGACUAAUUUUAAUUUAAGACUCACCUUUUACCGGGUUUUUGAGGUCUCUGAGGUCAUCUUUGUGUCCAUCUAUAGCACUGAAUUCUACUUGAAGCUCUAUGCAGACCCCAUCAACUAUUGGAAGGAUGGCUACAAUAUGUUAGAUAUAGCUGUCAUAAUCUUUCUCAGUGUCCCCUUUACUCUCAAGAAGAUCAAAGGCAACCACUACCCCUACAUCAACAUUUCUAAUGGCUUACAGUCCUUGCGCAUUCUCAAACUUAUUACCUACAGCCGUGGCAUCCGGACGCUCAUCAAUGCCGUGGGCCAGACCGUCUAUUCCGUGGCCUCCGUGCUCAGCAUGCUCUUUAUCCUCAUGUACAUCUUUGCCAUCCUGGGCUUCUGCCUAUUUGGAUCUUCAGAAGCAGGGGACCAGAAAAACUGGGGGAGCCUGGCCCUGGCCUUCUUUACCCUCUUCAGCUUGGCCACGGUCGACGGCUGGACAGACCUGCAGGAGCAGUUGGAUGAGCGGGGUGUUCCUCUGGGCCGGGUCUUCACCAUCAUCUUCAUCCUGCUCGCCUCCUUCAUCUUCCUCAACAUGUUUGUGGCUGUCAUGAUCAUCCACACCGAGAAUUCCAUCAAGAAAUUUGAGCGGCAGCUGAUAACUGAAAGACAGAUGGCGGUCAUAGGAGAGAAGCAGGUGAUCGUGAAGAGGCAGCAGGAGACCAUCAGCAUUCUGAUGCAGGCACAGAAUGUUGACUGCAGAAGUUUCAAUGAGCUGGUGAAGGACUUCAAGAAGACCCUGAGACAUGAUGAGCCCAUGGUUUUGGAUGAUUUUGGCACCAGCCUCCCCUUCAUUGAUGUCUACUUGACCACUCUGGACAACCAGGACCGUACAAUCAGCGAGUUACAAAAGUUAUACUACGAGAUUGUGCAUGUGCUAAGCUUGAUGCUUGAAGAAAUGCCCAAGAAGAAAGAGUUUCCAGCCUCGGAAAAGGAGAAUAAAGUCUCUUCUAGGUGA